GUUAUCUUCACUUGCCAUGGCUGAUCUCCGAUGAUUCAGAUCCAACACUGUCCAACUUCCCAGUGGCUGUCACUUGUGGAAAUUCUCAUCACUUUCGGUGUCACACCUGCUGCAUUUCUUACAGCUCAAGAGGUUCCUCCUGGACAUCGAGACACCUAGAGUCAGACUCAGACUCAGACUCCAGCUGACGACUUCCAACUCACGACUCACCAGUCACAACAGUCACAACUGCGUUUGCUCGUUUCCCGAUCCAAUCAAUCCUCAAACCUUUCUCUUUCACUCGCUUGACCCUCAUAGUCUGAUUUCCAACGACAUGACUCGGUCGUUAAUCACUCAGUUCUGCAACAACCCUGCUUACUGAGACACUCGGUGGCUCGCCUAAUCCACCAACCUCGUCAUUCUCAAUCCCAUGGCCUUUCGAUAGAUCGAAAUGGCCUAGCAUCGUGCGUCUCCAACUCCCAAGUCAUGCCUCUCAAGGCUCUUUUAUCCUCCCUUCCCUCCACCGACAAACGUCACCGCCGACAUAGUAGCAUUAUCGAAAAUGUCAUCCGCCCCUCUGACGCCUCCCUACCUGCAACGACAACAUCGACAACUCGAACUCGUGGUGAUUCAUUCAAGAGGUUGAGCCUGGGUCUGUCCCAUACCAAUGAGGAGACAUUCCCUCGCUUUCUUACCCAUGCCUCCGAUGAUAUGACUUCUCCUGAACCAUCCAGUACUCAUGACCCCAAACCUGUCGCUUCUGAACCUGUCCUUCCUAUUCUGCCUGCCCUUGAGAAGCCCCUCGACAAGUUGCCGGAACAGCCUUCACUGGCUCCCCCGAAUGAUCUGCCCCUUCCAAAUCCAAAAAGAUUCUCCCUCCUAGGUUUCAGACAUGCUUCAGACUCUCAACUCUCAACGAGAUUCCGCAAGGAUAAAUCCGUCACCCCCGAACAUGUCGCUGCUCCUCCCACGAUCAUCACCACUGCACCCACCCUCAGCGAAGCCGACGAUCCCCUAGUCAGAAUCACCAAGCGGAAGCUCUUCCCUCGCGGAUCCAGCCCUUUUAGAAAAGGCGAAGUUCUUUCGCACCCUCCAUCAGAGCCUUUGUCUGGAGGAGAAGGCAAGGUCGACCAUCCACAAAGUGCAGUGUCGAGACAAAGAUUCUCUCAAGAGACCACAUCCUUCGAACGAUUGCCCCGAAUCAAGGGUGUCAAUGGCGUACAAGGUCCACCUCCAUAUGGAGACGAGACCUCCUCCUCGCUCGCCAUUCCUGUAACCCGCCUAUCAGACUCGUCUCGAUCUGAUGACAGUUCUGGGGAUCAUGUCUAUGCAAAGACCACCACCACCCAUACCAUCUCGACAACAACCACAUUUUUCAAGUUGAAGAGACGGAAGAAGGACAAAGGACCUCUGUUCCCACUUCCUGAAAAGUUCUCCGCACCUCCGUCGGGCAGAACAAGUACAUCUCACAUUAGUGCGGAUACUUCUAGGGGAAGGAGGUCGUUCUCACCAAGCAGGAAGCCAGGAUCUGCCAUCAGAUUUGAUACGGAGCCCAGUCGACAAGAUUCCGCCCAACCGUCACCAACCCACUCUGCCCUAGCCUUGACCAAUGCACCAUUCGGGGCUCCAGGUCCUACAAUCGUGCGUCAGGACUCUCAGUGGUCCAACCAUUCGGGCCAGUCCUCCCCUUCGGUAACCUUGGUACCUCCACGCUUGGGCGCAAGAGGACGAUCAUCUACCAUGAAUUCCAUGGGUCGCUCGGCUGAGAGAUUGCUUGACACCCUGCCACAGUCGAGCUCGGCAAGGACUUCGACUUCCACCAGUGGGAGGAGAAGUUUCGGGGAUUUAUUAUCUCUGCCUCAGCGCCUGCGACAGAAUUCUGCCCCGCCUGCCCGUCACGGCGCAACCAACUCUCCAAGCACUCCAGGGUCCAAGUCAAACUCACUCCAUAUUCAUAGGGAAGCCGGACCCGAGCGAGAAUACCCUAGACGAGAAGAUGGUGACACUCCAGCAAGCUACCUGGAAAAGUUGGCAGCAGCUGUCCCGAGAGGCGCCAUGGCGAGCAUCCUGUGCAAGAAUGCUGACGACUUUUGCAAAACCUGCCUGCGCAAGUACAUGCGUGGUUUCUCCUAUUUUGGAGAUUCUAUCGACAUGGCCAUUCGGAAGAUGCUGAUGGAGGUCGAACUGCCCAAAGAAACCCAACAGAUCGACCGUCUUCUGGCUGGCUUUGCAGAUCGCUACUAUGAAUGCAACCCGGGUAUCUUUGCGUCCCCUGAUGAGACAUCCUAUGUCGCCUUUUCCAUCCUCCUCUUACACUCGGAUGCCCACAACAAGAACAACAAGCGCAAAAUGCAAAAGCAGGAUUACGUCAAGAAUACACAGCAAGGUCAAAUUCAAAUUGCGAACGACGUUCUCGAGUGCUUUUUCGACAACAUCUGCUACACUCCUUUCAUUCAUUUUGAGGACGAGGUCGCUAUCAACAGUCAUCGUCUUUCAGCUCCCAAGCCGAGAAAGAGCCUCAUCAAGACCAAGAGCAUUGAGAGUUUGAGAGGUCAAAUCGACCCGUAUACUCUUCUCUUGGACAAUAAGCUGGAUGUCCUUCGACCCUCGUUGAAAGACGUCAUGGACGCUGAAGACCACUACAGUUCGACCGGCACGUUAGGAGCCUUGGAUACGACCGAGCCAACCAAGGCGUUUCUGCAUUCGUCUGUGUUGCAGAUCGUCUCAGCCAGGUCACGACCAGAUGCUUUCUUGUCACAGGCCACAAUCAGUAAUCCUGGUGAAGCUCAGGCCGGCUUGGUCAGUAUCAAAGUGGCCAAGGUAGGCUUGUUAUGGCGAAAGGACCCCAAAAAGAAGAAAGCGAAACGACCUUGGCAGGAGUGGGGUGCUGUUCUGACCGACUCGAAAUUGUAUUUCUUCAAAGACAUUGGCUGGGUCAAGAAACUCAUGUCGCAAUAUGAUGUGCACAACAAGGGCAAUAGCAAGCCUGGAUCACUGAUCUUCAAACCGCCCUUGUCCAGCUUUGAGCCGGACGCGUUGAUGUCUAUGGAUGAUGCUGUAGCAUUGUUGGAUUCGGGAUACAAGAAGCACAAGAAUGCAUUCGUCUUUAUCAAACAUGGUGGGUUUGAGGAGGUGUUUUUGGCUAACAGCGAAAACGAGAUGAAUGAUUGGAUCGGAAAGCUGAACUACGCCGCCACCUUCCGCAGCGCUGGAGUGCGAAUGCGUGGAUUACUGUCACAAACGUACGAAGGUCGCCAUAUUCUCCGCAAGAAUUCUGAUUUUUCUACAAAGAGUGGAGACACGCCUGCUCCAACGCCUCAAAAGGAAAAGAAGGUUGAUCCUCAAAUGGCUUGGGAAAUCAUGUUCUACCGACGCCAACUGAUCAAUGAAAAAAUCAGUGACUUGGAUGAAAAGAUUGCUGUGGCCCAGAAAGAGCUGGACCAGUUAUUACGGAACGCUCGACAUCUUCUGAUCCUUCUGCCUAUCCAACAAAAGACUCGGGAAACCCUCGUUCUUGCUGCGGGUCGGAUGGCUGCCAAACUGAAGUGGACGAGGGUUGAAUUGUGGCGCACACGCACACACAGGGAGAUUCUUGCAAAAGACCUGGAGCAAGAAGGGGUCACAGCGUUUCCCGCUCCCAAGACAUCGACGACAACUACUCCAGUCAAAACCACGCCGCUGAAAACAUCACAGCAUACCCUGGGGAGAACGGUGACAGAUACGAGCCACUUGACGCUAUCACCGAUUAGUGCAACUUCUUCUCGACCGUCGAACAUCCUUGAGAAACCCAAGAGCGCGGAAAAUGAUGGAAGUCGGCCAGUUAUGGAACCUAGCGGCACUCUGGACCUGGCACCAACGGCCAGUCCCUCGGCUGCUGUGGAGCGUCUUUCUCGCCGGGGCAGCACCCAGGACUCGCAUCCCCUCAUACAUCAAACGUCAGUAGUCGAAUCUCAGCAUAGCCGGGACACCAGCCGACAAACCUUGGCGACGAAUGAAGCAGAGGAGCAGGUCCUUCGAGAAGCUGGAUUGAUCGGCAUCGAUGGGGCGGUACCUAAGGACAAACGCCCCGAGACGAGCGAGUCGGACCGUGAUAGGGUUGCGAGGCUCAGUACGGCCGGAGAAGUGUCCAAGGGAAGCAGUGUGCGGCGUCUGCAUCGCAGUCUACGCGAUACACAUAUGCCUCACGCUGUCCAUCACCAUUCCCCUAGCCUCCAUCGGCACCGAAAAGCUCGCGACUCUGGGUCCAGCGUGGCAGCAACUGAGGACGGAGGCCGCUCAGUCAGUGAUGCCGAGGAGCUCAAACGAGGAACAGGGAGUUUCAUUCUCCACGGGAAAAAGGCGUCGGUCAUCACAGUGUCAUCGGACUGGCAAAACAUGUCGGUGGAAGAAAGACUGCGACUCAGAGCCAGUACCAGUGGUGAAGGGAAACCAGACACAAUACCUGAUGACGAAGAGACCGUGGGAGAGAAUGGAAGCAUUCUUUCUAGGGGAACUGAGGACGAGACUGGGCGUGAAUCUGUGGCGCUAUCGAGUCGAAAACCCAGUGUCGCCACAACCACGGGGGAGCACUUUGUGGAUGCUGAGACGGGUGAACCGGAGGAAGAGGACAUUGACGGUGAAGACAAUAUGGAGCAUGAGAUAACGCCAACCCAAGAAUUCAAGACGGACAAGGCGUGACUCUUUCAGGGACCAAAAGCGUGGCGAAGCUGAAAGGAGGGUGUGGGACAACAAAGUAACGACGAUUAUGAUACCAAAUAUGCUAGAGGCAUUUCAAAAUGGCGUCCACUGCAAAGAGCGACUUGGGUUUAGGGAAAUAAAACAUUACUGCAAAUGUCGAUCAAUGGCUGCAGAAAGGCGUUCAUUCAAAUCAUGCAGGCAUGGUUGAUUGCCUGGCGACAUGCUCAGGCCACGGCAUGGACAAGGCCUGAUAUGGCAGCAGGACGACUGGAAUGGUUCCUGACAGCCUAGUUAUGACCAAGGUUUCUACUUAGAAUAGCGACAUGGUUACAUGUGCCAAUUGAUGUGUUUGAUGGGGCAAACUAUACUGUCUCGAGAAAUAA